AUGUCCGACGCUUUGCUGCCUCCCUCGCAGGGACCAAUUGCUCAUCGUCUCCAGUCGCUCGUCGUCCUCAUCACCGGCGCUGCUGGCAACAUUGGCUUCGAAAGUGCCCGGCGAUUCCUUCGCGAAGGCGCUCGAGUGGUGCUGGUCGACCUCGAUGCAGAUAGACUCAACAAGGCAGCAGACGCCCUUCGCAAAGAGGACCAGGUCGCGGACGGCGAUAUCCUAACCGUGCAGGCGGACGUUACUGAAGAUGGAGACGUCCAGAGAUUUGUAAACGAGACGAUACAGGCCUUUGGGCGUCUGGAUGUGGCAUUCCUCUGCGCGGGCAUCUCCUACUCUUCCACCAGCAUUCUCGAAACAGACGUUGAUCAGUACGAUAAAGUAAUGCGCGUGAAUUGUCGAUCAGCCUUCCUCGGAGUCAAAUACUGUGGCGCUGCAAUGAAGGACGCAGGCCAUGGAGGCAGCAUCAUUCUGGCCUCGUCCAUCGCCGGCCUUCGUGCGACUCCUGGCCUGUCUGCUUAUUCUACGUCCAAGUUCGCUCUCCGUGGUCUUUGUCUGACUGCAGCAGGCGAGCUGGGCCAGUACAGGAUCCGCGUCAACACGGUCCACCCAUGCGGCGUCAACACGCCCAUGUUCCUCGCCUCGUGGCCCGAGGAGAAGAUGAAGAGCAUGCUGGCCACUGUGCCGCUUGGUCGCUGGGCUGAAGUUACAGAUGUGGCAGCCAUGGUUUCAUUUCUUGCGAGUCCUGAUGCACAGUUCCUGACAGGGGGCGCCUACAAGGUGGACGGGGGCAUCGUAAUGUUUUGA